AUGCCAAAGCGCAAGCUCUCCGAGCUCAACGGCUCCGACGAUCGCAAACUGUCGAUGAAGGCAGUGCGCCUCGGAGUCAAAUUCGACCACGGCGUGCAAAUGAUAUCGAAGGGCCUGAAGACCGCAAGAGGAUUUGAAAGACAGAAACUCAGCCGACGAGAGAAAACUGCCAAGUCGGAGAACAACUCUGCAGCAUUGUCGAAGCUAGCCGAGGAAGUGAAUGCGUUGAAGGCCCUGGACUACAACGUUACCGCCACGAAAUACCUGUUCAAACAACUGUCCAAGACAAAGCGCAUUGCGGAGUGCCCAGCAUUCAAGGAAUUUGAAGAAUCUAGGAAUAUCCCCACAAACGGCCCCAAGAGUACCGCCGAGGCCAAUAUCCUCGCGCGCCUGUUCAAAUCCACCCCUGUGAAGAAUGUUGUUCCUACCAUCAUAAGCGAGAUUCGGAAAUUGUUAGGAGUGGACGAGGCACCGGCUGGAAAGCAGGGCAAGGCCGAGACCAAGAAGGAUGCGGAGUCGAAGGAGAAAUCAGCACGAAAGAAGGCAGAGGCGUUAGAGUCGAUAUCUGGAUCCGAGGAAGAAGCGCAGCCUCUUCGAUCAAGUACACGGAAUGGCGAACCCGUGUCGCAUGAUAUGGAUAUCUCUGGGGAUGAAGAGUCAGGGAGCGAUGAAUUUGCAGACUUCGAUGCGCGACUAGGGCCGGGCUCAGACUCUGAAGGCGAAGAAGAUUCCGACGAAGAUCUGCCCGCAAAGAGCAGGGCUCUUGCAGACGACAUCUCCGACUCGGUCUCCCGAUCGCCAUCUCCCGCCUUUUCAGCUGCAGGUUCCCCACCUCCGAAGAAGACCAAGGCAACUAAGGGCCUCGAUGCCCCAGUGCAAAGUACAACAUUCCUUCCAUCUCUCAUGAUGGGUGGCUACUGGUCCGGCUCCGAGGAGGCCAGUGAAGGAGAGGAGGCAGCAGCUGCACCGAAGCGCAAGAACCGCAUGGGCCAGCAAGCCCGUCGUGCCCUUUGGGAGAAAAAAUACGGUGCGGGAGCGAACCAUGUACAGCAGGAGUUGAAGAAGCAGAAGAAGAGCAGAGACAGCGGGUGGGACACUCGAAAGGGAGCGACAGAUGGUGGCAGGGGAGGCAGAUUCGGUGGACGAGGAGGCUUCCAGGAUCGAGGCCUCUCGGAUCGACCGCAUAAUGUCCAUAAUGCCGGAGGCCAGCAGUCAGGCUCAGGCCCGGCCCAGAGCAGCAGGCCCAAGCCGCCUUCGAAGGACGACCAGGGCCCUUUGCAUCCGUCUUGGGAAGCAAAGAAGAAGCUCAAGGAGCAGGCAUCUAUGGCGAAAUUUCAAGGAAAGAAGGUUACUUUCGAUUAG